CCCGGUAACGUGACAUCACCGGGCAGAAGAACUGCCUUGUGCUGCCGGACUACAAGAAAAACACAACCGUUUAACACCCACGAGUGGCGGUCCUCACCUCUCUUCAUGCAAAUCAAGCAGCCAUGACAAAAUGGGAGAUUAAUCGACACAUUUAGCGCCUGAUGAUGCUUCCGAGCCCGGUUACAUCAACGCCGUUUUCUGUGAAGGAUAUACUGAAACUGGAGCAGCAGUCCCGCCACCUUCAGUCUCUGCAUCCCGCGCAACACCACGCACAACUGCAUCCGGAACUGCAGGAGAGAUUCCAGGCACCAUCAUCCUGUUUUCUCGGAGGUGGAGACAGCCCCGGCUUCUCAGACAACGACGAGAAGAUGUCUUUUCUGAACUCUCUCUCCAUGCAGGACAGUUUAGUGGAGAGCAGCCUUUCGCCUCCGAUGUUCGUCCAUCCGGCCCUGGGACACGUCGACACUAAACUUGAAGAUGAACUUGAGGACCACGAAACGAAGAGCUGCGGUGCCAUCAUCAGAUCCCCGGAGUGUGAGGGUGAGGCGCACUCGGACACAGAGCGCGCGCAGCGGCAGAGGACGCGCAGGAAGCCGCGUGUUCUCUUCAGCCAGGCGCAGGUCUUCGAGCUCGAGCGGCGCUUCAAGCAGCAGCGCUAUUUAUCCGCUCCCGAGAGAGAACAUUUGGCUAGUACCCUGAAACUGACAUCGACGCAGGUCAAAAUCUGGUUCCAGAACCGCAGAUACAAAUGCAAGCGACAGCGUCAAGACAAAACACUGGAAAUGGCAGGACACCAUCACCCGCCGCCGCCGCCCAGGAGAGUGGCGGUGCCCGUCCUAGUCCGGGAUGGCAAACCGUGUUUAACGGGAUCACAGAGCUACAACGCCACGUACGCGGUGAACCCAGGCCCCUACACAUAUAACGGCUACUCGUCUUAUAAUAACGCCGCGUACACAAACCCUUACAGCUGUACAUAUCCCAGCCUUCCUCCUCUCCCAGCAAACACAUCCACUAAUGCGCUGAUGAGCAUGAGUCUGAACAACCUCGGAACAUAUUCCCAACCUCAGACAUCGCAAGGGACAUCCGUGUCCGCGUGCCAAGGGACUCUGCAGGGCAUUCGGGCAUGGUAGUGCCAUUGCAACCCACCCGUCUGUACAUAAAUGGCAACUUUACAAUAUUAGCACACAGUUAGCCAUGUUUUAUAGGCCUAUGGUCCUGUAUAGUCUACAUUUUCAGUAUAAACUUGAGUAAAUUUCUUUUAGCAACCUUUCCACGAUGGCUGAACGAAUGCACAUGAAUAUUCAUAGCAAUUUUUGACCACCUAUUUGGACCACAUACUCCCUGAACAUUUGCCGGUCUAACUUUAGACUGGGAUCAUGGUAUCAGAGACAGCUGUUUUCUCAUUCAUUGCACUUAUCGAUGAAAAAGUUAUUACCUAAGAAAUGUUACGAAUAUUGACAACGGUGUGUGUAAUUUUGUGCAAACCUACAUUGUAAAAAUAAAAACAGUAAACUUUUUUUUUAAAAGGUGAUACUAAUAUAUUUACUACUUAAUACACGGGACAUAAGAACCUAUACGUUUAAAAACGCUCAAGUGAAAGAAAGAGAGUGACUAAUUUAAAUCGAAGACGUACAAUUCAAGAUGAAAAAAAAAAGUUUUAAUAAGAGGCGGAAAACUU